CAACCAAAACUUGUAAAGAAUGGCAGGGCCGGACGUGGCAGGUCUCGCUGCAGAUUUAGCUCGGGCUGUCGAACUAACAAUGAGUCCUCAGGCCUCCCAACAGGACCGACUCAGGGCCUACCAAGCCUGUGAAAGCUUUAAAGAGACAUCACCCCUUUGUGCAGAGGCAGGACUGUAUCUGGCAGCUGGAGUGCAACACUCAUUCAUAUCCAGACACUUUGGCCUACAACUCAUGGAACAUGUAGUCAAAUAUCGUUGGACUCAAAUUUCUCAACAAGAAAAACUAUUCAUAAAGGAAAAUGCUAUGAAAUUACUAUCUGCUGGAGGUAUAAGUGAAGAAUCUCAUAUGAAAGAUGCUCUCAGUAGAGUGGUUGUAGAAAUGGUGAAGAGAGAGUGGCCCCAGCAAUGGCCAGGACUCCUCUCAGAGCUCUCAGAUGCUUGUGCUUGUGGUGAGAUACAGACAGAGCUGGUACUCUUAGUAUUUUUACGACUUGUGGAAGAUGUUGCUCUUUUACAGACUCUUGAAUCAAAUCAACGUAGAAAAGACAUCUAUCAUGCACUAACAGCAAAUAUGUCUGUGAUUUUUGAGUUUUUCCUGAGGCUCAUUGAACUUCAUGUAGGCCAGUUCAGGGCCUGCAGUGAAACAAAUAGUGUGAAAGCAGGAGCUCAUGGUAGAGUAGUCCAGGUGGUACUAUUGACUCUGACAGGUUUUGUUGAAUGGGUUUCCAUGUCCCAUAUAAUGGCCCAAAAUGGAAGACUGCUUCAAAUACUCUGUCUGCUAUUGAAUGAUACUGCAUUUCAGUAUUCUGCAGCUGAAUGUCUUUCACAGAUUGUGAACAGGAAAGGAAAAGUAGAUGAAAGAAAGCCUUUGCUGCUUUUGUUUAAUACAGAGCCUAUGCAGUGUCUUCUAACAGCUGCUAGAAAUCCAGGAAAUAUUGGAGAUGAACAGCACUACUUGUACAAAAAGAAACUGAUUCAAGUUCUGACAGGCCUCUCAACCCAACUUUGCACCCUGUGGGGCAAAGAUGGCCUAUCCCGCCCUGCCAAUUUCUCAACGUUUUUAGAAGCUGUCCUAGCCUACAGUUGUCACCCGAGUCUUGCUUUGGCUCAUUCUGCCAAUCCUUUAUGGAAUGCCAUGCUGAAAAAUGAUCAGGUAUCAAGGGACCCAGUGUUCUUGUCCUACAUACCACAAUGGGUGCAAUGUACUGCCCCCAAGAUCAUCAAGUUCAACUAUCCCACAGGAAAGAGUCCCAAAGAUAUGGGGGAGGGGGCUCUGUAUGCUAGGCUGGAUUUUGACAGUGAGGAGGAAUUUUCAGGGUACUUUUACAGGUGUCGAUCUGACAUUCUGGACUCUUUCAGGCAAGCCACAGUAGUGGCCCCUCUAGUCACCUUCAACUACGUAGAACAAUGGCUGAUCAAAUGCCUGCAAGUGCCUAACCUCACAUCGGGCCUGACAAUGUCCGAUCCAGUUUACCAGGAAUGGGAGGCCCUUGCCAACUUCCUCGAGAGUAUCCUCAGCAGGGUACUACAGGCCACAGAGAGACCCAGUAUUGCUUCUGGUCUUCGGUUGCUGCAGAUGUGUCUGGGAUAUCAGCCGGCUGAUCCUCUCAUUUUGUCGACUCUGUUGACGUGUAUUUCGGCACUGUUUGUAUUUCUGAGCAUGUCGACAGGACAAAUGGCCCCCACAGCGAACUCCGUGGCCGCGUCGGGCGCCGCCCUGCUGCCCCAGGUGCUCGACAAGAUCUUCGCCACGCUGGCGUUCGCGCCCGAAGGGAGGACGGUCGGCGCUCGGUCGCGCUCGGUGAAGAACGUGCGUCGGCACGCCGCCUCGCUCAUGGUCAAGAUCGGCAACAAGUACCCGUUGCUGCUGCUGCCCGUCUUCGACCAGAUCAGAGCGACGGUGGGGAGUUUGUCGAGGGCGGACGGGCCUGCGAACCUGAGCAGUCUGGAGAAGGUGACACUGCAAGAGGCGCUUCUAUUGAUUUCAAACCAUUUUGGUGACUAUGAGAGACAGAGCCAGUUUGUGGGAGAAGUGCUGAGAGAGGCUAAUGCGCAGUUUUUGGAUAUUGUCAGUGCUGGUGCUUUCCGGAGCGCGUCCGCCUUCAUAUCGUUCGUCGGCCUCGACAAGCCGCCGGUGCCGGCCAACAUGGACGACGCUUGCGGCCACAACCGCAGCAACGUCGUCCUCUGCGUCAACCUGUUGCUGGGCGCCGUCAAGCGGUGCUCGUGGCCCGACGACCCCGAGCGGGCGACCAGGGGCGGCUUCGUCGUCUCUCACACGGAGUCGGGCAACCCGGUGUGCCGCAACCCGGCCGCCCCGCACUUCGUGCCACUGUUGCCGCACGUGCUGGCGCUGAUGAAGGUGUUCAACGAGCUGUUCACGAGCGAGGCGCAGGGUUUAAUGCACGCCAGUUACAAGGGCUGUUUGGCGCUGCAAGAAACGGAAAAACUGAACCUGCUGGGCGUCAUUGGCCACCCUGUAUCGGAAGUGGGGGACUCGCAGGUCGUCCAGAGUCCCUUGGAGCGGAUGCAGCGGUUCCUGACCGGUCUGCACGAGAGCUGCUACCACAUGAUGGGAUCCCUUGGGCCCUCGCUAGGCAGGGAUCUGUAUACGAUACCAGAUCUCGGUUUGGCCGUCGUCAGUAGCGUGCUGUCUUAUAUGCAAUAUAUACCAGACUACAGGGUGAGACCGAUCAUCAGAGUUUUUCUCAAGGCUUUCUUCUUCUCUUGUCCUGCUCCUUUCUAUGAAGUAGUAGUACUGCCAAUUAUGGUCCACUUUGCACCAAUUAUUCUGGCACGGUUACACACCAAAUGGCAGCAAGUGAUCGAAUUCCGCAACCGAGAAGCACAAGAAGACAAUGCUGACACCCAGGAAGUCCUUGAAGACAUCUUGACCAGAGCUUUAACACGAGAGUACCUUGAUCUCCUCAAGGUGGCGCUGGUGGGCGGCAGCCUGACCCCGGAGCCGAACUCGGAGACCAUGGAGACGGAGGAGCACAGUACGGAGUCACCGACGCCGACGCAGACGCGGUCGAAUCUAACGAACGAGGUCAUUUCUGAUUUAGGUGCGAUGCUGCUGCGCAACGAGAAGACGUGCCGGCCGAUCGUGCUGGCCGUGCUGGGGGCGCUGGCGUGGAUCGACAGCAACGCUUCCUUGAAGGCCACGUACUUGACAGGCCCGAUCGUGCGGCAGCUGUCCACCGACAAGACCCUCGACGGCGAAGUGGCCGCCCACAUAAUGGCCGCCGUCCUCAACGCGCUCACCCUGCACGGACAGCACGAGGCCAAUCAGGGCUCGCUGCUCACGCUGGGCGCGCAGAUCUACGAGCUGCUGCGCCCCGCCUUCGCGGAAGUGCUGGCCGUGAUGCAGCAGAUACCGGGCAUGAAUCCGGUGGAUCUGCAGAAGCUGGACGAGCGGAUCGCCGGCGGUACGAGCAAGGGGAACAAGGUGGAGAAGGUGAAGAAGGACUUGUUCAAGAAGAUCACCGGGAAUUUGAUUGGAAGGAGCGUUGGUCAGCUCUUCAAGAAAGAAGUAAAAAUUCAAGACUUGCCACAAAUUGUAAUACCGAAACAUCCACCGAAAGAAGAUUUGAUUAUCAACGUGAGCAAUGUGUUCAGUUGAUAAUAUUAUUUAUACGAAUUUACAAAUUGAUUGUAUUUAUUUGA